AUGGUGGAACCGCUUGAUGCUAAGUGGGAAAAACGCGGUUGGGGCGUUUGUUACAGCAAAUCACAAGGUAGAGAAUACUAUUUCAACAAAAGCACUGGAAAGUCUGUGUGGCAUCUUUACGAGCUUCAAAAACUAGAGGGGGUCCCAAUUAGGGGUCGGUCGGUCGACCGGGACGAGCCUGCGGCUAAGAAAAGGAAACUUGAGGAAGAUAAUGGGCAGAGAGCACAGGAGGAGAGUGACGUGUUUAGUGGAGAGACGGUUCAGUUUGUUCAAAGGCGUGACUGGUCGUCAGUGAGUUGUCAUGAGAUGGCGGAGUUGGUCAUCAAAAAGGCGGAUGCUGGAGUGUUGCAGAGUCACAGGCAACUAUGGGAUGUAGAUACACCAAGCAAUGUGCGUAUAAAUGUGGACAGAACAUUUGAAGAGCAGAGACAGUACAGACACCUGCUGCCACCUCAUCCUGAUAUUGAAUGUGUACGGAUGACAACGACAGUCAACUUGAGACAAAAAUAUGCAGAGUUGUGCAAAUCAAGAGUUGGUGUGGACGAACCAAAGGAGUCAUUCAAUCGUUGGCUAUUGGAACGUAAAGUUCUGUCUAUCAGUGGGGAUCCUUUGUUACCUGCACUUGCUGAGCCAAAGAUAUCACCAUCAAUGCACAGGGAGAUUCUUGCUGACGUUCCAGUGAAACUCAGGAAGGCAAGAAAUGCUCAAGAUGCGAAGAAAAAUGUACUUACGUAUGCAGAGGCAGCAAAGGCUGUUGUGGAGAAGAGAGGUGGCAACAGUGCUCAACGCAAGACAGUCAAAUGGAGCACAGAAGACGCCUUUCAGUGGGUACGAGCCUCACAAACAUACACACGCGAACAAUUUGAGGACCACCUCAAACAUCUCCAAACACAAUGCAACCCACACGUCAAACAGAUCGUCAGUCAAGCAGUCAACGAAGUCUGCACCAAGAUGGCCAAACUUGCCGACGAAAAAGGCACCUUCCUAUGUCAAGAACACCGGCAACUAUAUCAACUCCCGCCUCAUAGUCCAACCGAUUUGAAAUCGCCUACCGAACACUCAGUUGCAUUUUCGCGCUCCUUCUCUCUCUCGUCUGAUGCGGAAGGGACUGGGUGUGACAAGAAGGAUGAAACGGAUGUAAAUGAAGAGUCGAGUGGAAGGUGGAAUUAUGAGAAAGCCGUGCAUGUAGGAUUGUGUAGUCAGAUGAGGUUAAACGAACGGCCGUUUACGCCAUCGUUGCCGUUGGUGAGUGUGGAUAAGGAGGGCGAGCGCGUUCGUUUGUCGUAUAAGAAUCUGAGCCAUGCAAUCAAUCAGACGUAUUUUGACAAAUUGGAAAUGUUGUAUCGUAUUCACUGUCCGAAGGACGAAGAUUUGAUGGAUUUUGAUGCAAGAGUGUGGUGUCUAUUGACAAGAUAUCAGAGCAUGUUUGGUGUGAAAAUCCAUGAAGGGUCUGGACUGCAAGGCUCACUGCCUGUUUCAGUUUUCCAGGCGCUCAAAAAGCAUUUUGGUGUCACAAUGGAAUGCUUUGCUUCUCCACUUAAUUGUUACUUUAGACAAUUCUGUUCUGCAUUUGCAGAUACGGAUGGAUACUUUGGAUCUCGAGGCCCUCUUCUACAGUUCUUCCCAGUUAGUGGUUCAUUUGAGGCGAAUCCUCCGUUCUCAGAGGAACUAAUGGAAGCAAUGGUGAACCAUUUUGAAGCUCUUUUAGAAUCGUCAGACUUGCCGCUUUCAUUUAUUGUUUUUAUUCCCGAUUGGCGUCAUCCACCAACUCCAGCACUUGUGAGAAUGGAAAACAGCAAGUUUAAUCAACGGCAACACGUAGUCCCACCAUACGAACAUCUCUAUAGAUCUGGACAUCAGCACAAUGUCCCAGAGAAUGAAAUUUUAUACAAGGCAGUACACGGGACUCUCGUCGUCUUUCUACAGAACGACGCUGGCUUUGAGCGUUGGCCUCCAACAGACGAGCGUCUAGCUGCACUUACAGAGGCAUUUGAUCAACGACAAUGAUUGAAAUAUAAAAACUUUAGCGAUUAUCCUUUUCAUACAGACAGCAAUUGACAGAUGAGUAAACUCUGCCAUUUACAAGUUGUGUGCCUCUUGGCAGGUAGUCUAGAUCUACUGUAACAAUUUUGAAUGAAGCAGCACUAAAGUGGUAAACUUUCGGCUGCCCAGCUUUUAGGCUG